AUGGCUUCCAAAGAUAAAUGUACAUAUCCGUUAAGUCAACUAUAUAUUGCUUGUCAAGAUGGUAAUAUAGAUUUGGUUAGACAGUUGCUCGAAGUAAUAAAUCUUGAACAAAUCAAUUGCAGGGAGUCUAAUGGAAGUACAGCACUACACGCCGCUUGUUAUUACGGUCACUAUGACAUCGUUAAAUUACUACUUGAUAAUGGCGCUUGUCGAACGAUUCUGAACGCACAUAAAUGCGCACCAUUUGAUGAAGCGAAAGAUGAUAAAAUUCGACAAUUAUUUUUACGUCCAGACAAUGAACGAUUUGUUGGUGGUAAUCAAACAGGACAAAAAGAAUGGAUGAAAGUUGAUCCAGACAUUCAUCGUCAAGCCAUCAAUAAACGUCUUUGGCUGAAAUCGGCAUGGAAUGAAACAAAAAUGUUAAAUAGAAUUGAAUGGAUGAUUGACAACUAUCUUAGAGUCAAACUUCGUAAUCCAAAAGAUUUUCAACUUAUAGAAAAAUAUUUUAGGCAAGCCUUAGAAUAUAGAGAUCCAAGAUAUUUCAUCACAGCGUAUACAGCAGACACCCGAUAUUAUCAUCAGUUGAAUGAAGAUUUUGCCUCAGAAGGCUUUGAACCACAUGAAUGGACAACAAGUAUGCCACAAUGGAUUGUUAGUUCACUCUAUAGCCAUCCGGCUUUCGAUAAAUACUCCUAUAAAGGUUUUUCGUAUCGUGGACAGAAAAUGAGCGAUGUUGAUCUUGUCCAAUAUGUGCAGGGUAGUUGUAUAAUGAAUAAAUCGUUUCAAUCAACAUCGGAAAUACGAGCAAUUGCCGAAGAAUUUGCAUGUGAUGGAAGAUUAAGACGGACAAUUGAUGGUAAUAAACUUAAACGUACUGCUCUAUUUAUCUUCGAAAUACGAAAUAGUCGAACAGCGUUGAAAAUCGACAAAAUGUCGGUGUUCGAAAAUGAAGCAGAAGUAUUAAUAUUACCUUAUGCUGCAUUCAAAGUGGUCAAAGUUAUUCAGAAUCCACCAUUAUCAUCACAAAAUAAUAAGAAAUUAUUUGCCAAUGAUUUAGAAUUUGAAAUUCAUUUAAAAGAGUGUAAAUCGUUGAAGAAAGAAGUUGAACAAAAUUUGAAAUUUGCAUUUACAAAUGCUCAUCAACCGGCAAUGUUAGAUGAUGAUGAAUUAGAACGAGAGUUGAACUCAUUUAGUUUCUAA